CUAAGCCGGGAUGAACGGAUGCUGAUCGUGGUUGGUGAGAUCAUACAGGAACUGCUGAAAGCACAUCACGAAGGCAAGGAUGUAAAUUUGAACCGAUUGAAGACGCGCAUCUCGUCGAAUUAUGGGCUAGAAUCGGCACCGCGCCUGGUCGACAUCAUUGCGGCCGUUCCCCACGAAGCCAAGUCGAUUCUUUUGCCGAAGCUUCGGGCAAAACCAAUUCGUACCGCGAGUGGUAUUGCUGUUGUUGCUGUUAUGUGCAAACCGCACCGGUGUCCACACAUCAAUAUGACGGGAAACAUUUGUGUGUACUGUCCUGGUGGACCGGACAGUGAUUUUGAGUAUUCUACGCAAAGUUAUACCGGAUACGAACCGACAUCGAUGCGCGCUAUUCGUGCACGGUAUCAUCCGUUUUUGCAAACGCGCCAUCGGGUGGAGCAACUGAAGCAGCUGGGACAUUCGGUUGAUAAGGUGGAAUUCAUAGUGAUGGGUGGUACGUUCAUGUGCUUACCGGAGGAUUAUCGAGAUUUUUUCAUACGCAACUUACACGACGCCCUGUCGGGUCAUACCAGCUCCAGUGUGGCAGAAGCGGUCAAAUAUUCGGAGAAAUCUCAUACCAAGUGUAUUGGAAUAACGAUCGAAACUAGGCCCGAUUACUGUCUGAAACGACACCUUUCCGAUUUGCUGUCGUAUGGAUGUACCCGGCUCGAGAUUGGUGUGCAGUCCGUCUACGAGGAUGUAGCGCGAGACACAAAUCGCGGUCACACCGUGAAGGCUACGUGCGAAAGCUUCCAAAUGUCUAAGGAUGCCGGUUUUAAGGUGGUUUCGCACAUGAUGCCCGAUCUGCCGAACGUGGACAUUGAGCGUGAUAUUGAACAGUUUAUCGAAUUUUUCGAAAAUCCCGAAUUCCGAGCGGAUGGGUUGAAAAUCUAUCCUACGCUCGUCAUCCGCGGCACGGGACUGUACGAGCUGUGGAAGACGGGACGCUACAAGAGUUAUCCACCAUCGACGUUGGUGGAUUUGGUGGCGAAAAUAUUGGCCCUGGUGCCUCCCUGGACGCGUGUGUAUCGUGUACAGCGUGACAUUCCGAUGCCGCUGGUUACGUCGGGUGUGGAGCAUGGAAAUCUGCGCGAGUUGGCUUUGGCACGCAUGAAAGAUCUCGGCACGGACUGCAGGGAUGUGCGUACACGCGAAGUUGGCAUACAGGAAAUCCACAACAAAGUUCGACCCGAUCAGAUUGAGUUGAUUCGGCGUGAUUACGUAGCGAACGGUGGUUGGGAAACGUUCCUUUCGUAUGAAGAUCCUAAGCAGGACAUUCUCGUGGGUUUGCUGCGGUUGCGCAAGUGCUCACCGGACACCUUCCGUCCAGAGCUGAUCGAUAACUGUUCGAUUGUGCGGGAGCUGCACGUUUACGGAUCGGUAGUGCCGGUGAAUGCACGCGAUCCUACGAAAUUCCAACAUCAAGGAUUCGGUAUGCUGCUGAUGGAGGAAGCGGAACGUAUUGCACGGGAAGAACAUGGCAGCAGAAAGCUGGCAGUCAUUUCCGGCGUUGGUACGAGAAAUUACUAUCGAAAGAUUGGCUAUGAGCUAGAUGGACCGUAUAUGUCCAAGACCUUGUAA